CUCCCUUAGUUGCUAUAAUUAUGUUUAUGUGUGUUGUGUUGUCUCCCCUGCUCAGUAAACAUGAUAUCGAAGACAAUGAGGAGUUGUAUGAUUCGGUGGCUCAAGAGAACGAUGAUGAGAUAUACGAGGACAUUAUUAACGUUAAAAAGAGAAGAACACGUGAGCCUACCAGGAGUACGUCUGUCCCAGAGCCUGUCCAUCUGUCCAAGCGAGAGUACUGCAUCCAGGAAAUGUGUGAUACAGAGAAGAACUAUGUUGACGCACUUACUAUGAUCGUUACGAAAUUCAUCGGACCAUUGGCAAAUACAAUAACCGCGUCAGACAAGAACACUAUAUUCUCAAGUAUAGACAAAAUGCUGGAAGUGCACAAGGGUUUCUACAGCGAUCUGAGCCAGGCGUGUGCCAAUGACAAGCGUACAACGAGUGAAAAGCCCCGCAUACACGAGGUGUUCCUGAAGUGGAAGCCCCAUCUACUGCUGUACGGAGACUAUUGCUCCAACCUGCCCAAGGCCCAGGAAACAAUUGAGAAGCUUACAAAAACUAACGAGGCUGUCAAGUUGAAAGUCGAGGAUUGUGAGAGACAGGCCAAUGAUGGGCGGUUCAGACUGCGUGACCUCUUACAUGUGCCAAUGCAGAGAGUCCUCAAGUAUCACCUGCUGCUGCGGGAAUUAAUUAAAAACACUGACAAGACCAGCGACCAGCAGGGGUACCUCCAGCAGGCCCUUGAAGCCAUGCAGGACCUCUCGUUCUACGUGAACGAGGUCAAACGGGAUAACGAGGCCCUUGCCCUUAUAGAAGAGAUACAGCGUAGCAUCACCGACCUCCAAAUGCCUGACAACACUUCACUGCGGGACUACGGCAAACUUCAGAAGGACGGCGAGUUGAAGGUGCGAAACCACAAUGACCACCGAGUACGUCAGCGAUACAUCUUCCUCUUCGAUAAAGUGAUGCUCAUGUGCAAAGCAAGGAUUGUGGAUAGAUUUCUCUGGGGGGACUCGUACAGCUACAAGGAGGCUAUACUGCUGGCAGAGUACAGGUUAGACAACUCUGCAGCAGCCAGAGAUGCACAACGCAAGGCUGACAAGUGGAACUGCACGUUUCAAAUGGUGAAGCUGGACGACUCCAUGGCCAUCACCUUCCUUGCCAAAACAGACGACCUCAAAAACAAGUGGAUUGAUGCAAUAAACCUGGCAUUAGACAAUACUCAGCCAGCUGCUGGCAAGGACUGGAUAAUGACCACCUUCACCGAGCCCAAAACCUGUGAUAUCUGUGGAAAACUCCUCAGGGGGGUCUUCUUUCAAGGCUACAAAAACCCACAAAACACCAUGUGUGUACACAAGGAAUGCAUAGGGAAGCAAAAGCCACAAACUCAAGAAGCUUCCGUGCAAGGGGAAAAGAUGCGUGCCACUGUGUCCUACUUUGGCAACCCCAAGCCAGGGGCAGGGCGUGUUGUUCUGCAUUUCAGCGAAGGGGACAUGAUCGGGGUGACCAGACGAGAGGGUGACUGGCUGGAAGGGGUAUUGGGCAACGCCAAGGGUUGGUUCCCGCAGCAAUUAGUGGAACCAGUCAGGCCUCCGAAACGCCAACCAUCCUAUCUUGACUGGAAGCUUAACAAUCAGCGAUCACCAAUCAGUUCCAGCCCGCGCACCCCACCACCGCUUGCAGCUAGUCCCAUCCAAGAGAGGACCGUAUCGCCCAAUGAUCUCAGUCGAUACGACUGGUUUGUGGGUCUUAUGGAGCGCGGGAAGGCCACACAGUUGAUGCAGACAGUCCCGGACAGCACCUACCUGGUCCGGGAAAGUGCAAACAGUGCCCGCACUGGAAAUCCAGCCCUAACCAUUAAGUACAAGGGUGACGUGCGACAUAUCAAAAUAGAGUAUGAACGUAGCAACGGCUACUACAUGUCUGAUGCCAGAUUCUUCCAUUCUCUUCCUGAGCUCAUUGAGUUCUACCAGAAGAAUUCCCUGGCAGACAGUUUUCAGGAGGUGAACACAACAUUGAUGUACCCAUACAAGACAGUCUCCAAAGGUGCAGGGGGAGCCCCGACGCCAUACCCUGUGCCACUGCCACCGAAGCCUCACGCAUAUGUCAACGGUACUCGAGUUCUAUGUUACGCAGUGGCGAUGUAUGACUACGCUGCGACUGCCACGUCACAGAUCAGCCUGGCAGCAAAUGAUCGUGUGGCAGUGCUCAGCAAAUGUGGGGCUGACAAGGGCUGGUGGAAGGGGGAACACUGCUCCACAAGAAAGGUGGGGUAUUUUCCAUUUGCAUAUGUACGCGAAGAAGACGAGGAAUAGCCGCAAUUCUGCUGACUUCAUUUGUGCUUUCAUCAUCAAUACCUGAUGUCUCCCUAUAUAGCUUAGUUUACAUCAUAACUGUCUGUGAUGACAGUUUACAUCAUCAGUUUGUGUGAUCAUAUCGUCACUUUCUGUGAUGACACAGUCCGUGGUGAAACCACAGCGUUUGUUUAAGUGAGAUCAUCAGUGUUUUUGAUGACAUCAUUGUUGUUUAUGAUGACAUCACACAAUGCUACAUAUAUAAACUAGUGACAUUGUUAUUUUCUGUUUUGAUGUCACAUUCUACAAUGAUCACAUCAUGUUUAUCUGAGGUUACACUUGUAUAUCACAGCAUAUGUUGAUGAUAAUAGUCGGAUUUAUUCAGCAAUUGAUGUUCAUUGUAAACUAGCUGCACAGUCAAUGUGUGUGCUUAAUAUACUUAAAGUGUUGGUGAAUGCUUUUUGCCCUGUGGGAACACAUACAUAAACAAUGCACUACUGUAUUCAAGAGUGUCCUAAACCAGUUAUAAAGUAGUUAUUGUAAUUAUGAUAGUAGUUAUUCCAUCUCUUGUUUCUUGAGCCUUUGUGAGGACAACAGAUGUGGCUGUCAAGUGUUGGCAAUAUGAUUGGUCUGUCUGGUAAGGUGUUAUAUGGACAAGAGAUGUGGCUGUCAAGUGUUGGCAAUACGAUUGGUCUUGUUGGGUGUUAUAUGGACCUUGUUUUGGGAUAAAAAGGCUUAAUGCAUGUGGGUUAAGUGUAGUCCCAGAUAAGUGUGUGCGGUCAGCACAGGCUCGUCAGGUUUUUGUGGAUUUGUUUUUCAAAGACAUCUCUUCUUAGUGAAAAUCCAGGUAAGGUGGCAAGUGUGCAAAGGCAAAUAUGGGAUGACAAUUUAUGCAUUAUGCCCAGUUUUCCGAGAACAAGGCUAUAACAAAUUUCAUGAGUGAUGGGUCUGAUUGAAACCUCACAGCCUGUCAAGCCUUUCAUCAUCUGAGGAAAUCAUAUGAUUAUUAGGCAGUUAACAUUAUGACACUGCUGUUGAGUUUUAGAUAGGGCAUGCUGGGAUUCUCUGAUUGAUGUAGGCUAGGAAUUUUCACAUGAGUUGUAAGUCUACUUUUGGCCUAGACUGCAUGAUUGGUUGCCAUUUCAAUAUUGUCAAAAUCAUGGUGAAUAUGUUGUCUUCAGUAAAGAUUGCAUUAUAGGUAUUGACAUGGUUUCCUUUGGUCUAUUGAUACAUGUAUUUUAUACGUUCUUCUAAACCUAAUAGAAUUUCAAGACCUGAUUUAUUAAUGUUGUGUUGAUAAGAUCAUGAAAAUGAAAAAUUUGCUUUGUAAUGAAUUGGAAUAUUUAAUGUUUAACAAGUCAUCACAGCAUCUAUAGUUGUUGCAGAACAUGUGUAACUUUGUUAUUGCAUGUUUGAACUCUUAUCUCUUUAUGUUCAUAUUAAUUGUGUAUACUAAUGUAUGGAUUGUGUACUAUAUAUUUUGUUGAAUAAAGAUGUAAUAAAGUCAUGUCAAUGAAAUAAAUUCCAUUGAAUUCUUUAAAGUAUGGUGAUAAUUUGUCUGGACAGAAAGGUUACACCAAUUUAUUUGUCAAUGACUGUUGAAGUAUGUGUAAUUAUAGCAAAUAUACCUGCAUAUUCAGUGUCAUUCAUAAAAUAAACUGUUACCUUCGUAUAUUAUAAGGAUUUAAAAAAAAAAUAUGUACUAUUGUAACAUGUACACAAUGAGCUUGUGCAAAAUCUUUCAGUGGAGACAGUUGUUACACAAUAUGAAUGUGAAGGCUGUACAAACCAAUGAUAUAGUGGACAUGUUAUCUUUUGAAAAGGUGACUGGUGCUUAGUCUAAAUAUGACCCAAAUUUUAGAAACACCACAAGUUUAUCUUAAAAAUAGUUUUUCUUUAAUUUCAAAUUGUUCGUUUAAUUGUAACAAGUUAUAAAAAACAACAUUAUUUACUUGAUUUUAUUUUUUUUUGCGUUCAGUUGUUUAUAAUGAACAACUUACCUUAUUAUGCUUUACCAAUAUUGUAAAAGAUGUGUAAAGUUUGUUUAAUAUGGAUCCUUGCGCCUAUAGGUUGUGUUAUAUGUGUAAAUAAUAAUGAACAGAUAUGUAUUGGUCAGUUUUUUUUAUUGUAAUAUAGAUUAAAUUGCUGAUAAUAUGUUGAAUGUUAUCACCAGAUGAUAUGUUUCUUUAUUGUAAAAUUUGUAGAAUCAGCUAAAUGGACGUUUUAAAACUUUAUCAUCUGAUCAUGAUGAGAUUAACCCUUUGCAUGCUGGGAAAUUUGUCGUCUGCUAAAAUGUCGUCUGCUGAAUUUGUAAAAUAAGCAUUUUCUUCAUUUUUUUUCAAAGAAUACUAUCAAAAUAGCAAACAGUUUGGAUCCAGAUGAGACGCCACUUUCUGUGGCGUCUCAUCUGGAUCCAAACUGUUUGCAAAGUCCUUUAAAAUUCGGUUCCCGCACUGAAAGGGUUAAGAGGGGAGGGUGUAUUUUGAAAAACAUGCAUUAAGCUGAUUCUAUUUUCAAGAUUGAAUUAAACCUUUUACCGCUUAUAGGAGCAUUUUGACGUGUUUGUAGUCCCUUAGGAAAUCAAAUUUAAUUGAGGACCUUUCUUACUAUGUUGAAUUUUAGGCAUCAUUUCCAACCAUAAGGUACGGGUGAGUGGCAAACUGCAUAAAACCUGAACAGACUGUGAGUCACUCGCAGGCUGUUCUUGUUUUAUCCUGGUUGCAUGUAGUCACUUUUACUUUGCUAUUGAGCAGGAAAGGUUAAAAUGACUAUGAAUAUGUUCAACUUGGCUUUGUCUAUUCAUUUUUUGAAUUGUGCUUAUUCCAUGUCAGAAUUAUUUACUGACAAGUAAUUGAUGUCUUAUUGUAUUCCACUUGUACAAACCAAUAGAUGCACUAGUUGAAUAUUGUACAUUUAUGUUGUUAUAGAUGACAUUAUAUUUUAUUUCCGAAAUUGUAAUAUAGACUCUACUUGUGAUUUUUUUUCCAUUUUGUUUUAUUUUUGUUAUUUAUUUUCAAAAUAUCUUGAGAGCUUUUUUGUUGAUUUUUUUCUGCAUUACCAAAUGCUCUCUGGGCCGGUAUUCUCAAAAAGUGUGAACAGACAUGAGCUCUCAGCUAGCUGACUCUAUGUAACCCAAAACAGACAUGGAUGUACCAUACUUUACCAUGUAAUAAGCGCACCAUGUGUAACGCGCUCCAUAGAGCUCUUAUAAUUAGCUGACUGUAUGUAUCCCAAAUCAUAGAGUGAUGUAUAUGUACUACCCGUUGGAUCAAAAGCUAAUGAAACCACUACUGCUAGAAAUAGCAGUGACCUCAGUCAUUUAUUUAAUAUCGCAGUUUCAUUUAAUAACUAACAGGAGUAAUAAAUUUAAACAAUAAAUAUGUUUUUCCUUGAUUAAUCGAAUAUACUUAUGUUAUGUACUUGAUGUCAGUUUUUCUGCUGCAAACAUGCAACAUAAACUUGUUUAAGUAGUGAAAAUUACUGAAUAAAUCAACCUAGAUUUUGAUAUUUGUGUUGGACGAAUAACAAAAGAAAUAAAGAAUAAUUUAAAAUUGUUUCCCAAGUAUCGCAUAUUGCACUUGAGACAUGAUGAUUUUGUUUGCAAGAAAACAGUAGAACUGAUGUUAUUGAUAUUUACACUUAAAAAUGUUAAGUAUAUUUCAAUCGUUAACUUGAAGGCAUUUAAGCAUAUUAACAACUUAUUGCAUGUUAGUAUUAAGAAUAUUAAAAAAAAUCUAUUUCCACAUUACUGUUAUUGUAAUUUGAUUAACAGAAUGUAGGGAGUGUGAUAUUUGAAGUCCAAGUGGUUCGAAAGAAUUCCAGUAUGGGUUUAUUCAUGAUUAAUACUGUCUUUGAUUUUUGUACAAUUUUAUCUCUAAAUUAGCAGUCUCUCUUAAAGCAUAUAUGUAUAUUAUGUUUUGUUUAUGUUUCAUUUAUAUUGCAAAAUUUAUAUUUUGUCAUUAUUUUAUUUAUCAUUUAGUUUUGUUAGCUCACCUUAGCACAUGGAGCUCAUGGUGAGCUUUUAGGAUACGGUGAUGUCGUUCGUCUGUCAGUCCUUGUGUGCAUCCAUUUACUCAACUCUUGAAUCACUUACCGUUAAAAGAGAGUAAUAAAUCUUCACAGAAAUAAUCAAUAGGCGUCACUUUCAAAUUUGCUCCAACAUUCUGGUCCCGUGCAUAUGUAGGUUUGAACCGUAGUUUUUAUAAAUGAAAACUUCAAAAGUAACUUAAACCACAAGGGUCAUGGGUUUAACAUUUGGUGUGUUACAUCCUCUAGUGGUACUUUAGUAAAUUUGUUCACAUUAUGCCCCUGGGGUCAAAAAUGGCUAGUAAAUUUUUUCAUAUUAUGCCCCUGCGGUCAAAAGUGGCCAUCCCCCAAGAGUCACAUGUUUUGGUUUUAUGUAUAUAAUGAAAGCUUAAGACAGUUUCACUCUUAAACCUCAAUGCCCAGAAGGUUUUUGUUGGACAUGUGACAUCUUUUAAGUAGUCCUCUACCAAGUUUGCUUCAAUCGUGACCCUGGUGUCCAAACUACAUUAUUACCACAAAAUCUGCAUCUCUUUUCCCCCUGCUUGUCUCAGGUGAGGGACCUUGGGCCUUUAGACCCUCUUGUUUCAGUUACUUUAAAUAACCUAGUGCUAACAAAAUAUAAAUAAAAUGUCAAACCAA